AUGAAAGCUGGUAAGUAUGAUGGAGAGAAAAAUCCAUUUUAUGGUAAAACUCAUUCUGAUGAGUUUAAGUCAAAAAUGAAAGAAUUCCAGUCAUCUAGAGAAGACCAUCCAUUUAGUAUUUCAGGUGAAAAUGCAAUCAAUUCUGGUAGAGUUCACUCUGAAGAUACUAAAGUUCUAAUGUCUUUAGGAAGAUUAGGAGAGAAAAAUCCUGGUUAUGGACACACUUAUGCUACUCCACCUAUUAAAGUAUCAGUACUUUCACCAGAUGGAGUUUUGAUUGAAGAAUAUGAUUCUUUGAGAAAAGCAGCGAUUGGAUUAAAAUCCAGUGUUCAGACAAUUAAGAAACAUGCAUCAAAUCAAAGUGUAUUUGAUGGUAAAUAUCGAUUUAAAAUUGAAGAUAAGUCUAGUUAA